UUUCAAAUUCCGUGCGUUUCAUUUACAAACAGAUAGCCAAAAAAAGAAAAACAAGAAUAUUUUACAGAACGCACGCGAGCGAUCUCACAAAAAAAAAAUUGUGUUUUCGAUAGAUAGAGAGAGAGAGAAUGGCCGGAACGGCGGUGACACCUUCACCGACGGCGGGGUCGAUGACGGGGCUGAACAUAGGGGCUAAUGUAUCGGCGUCGUUCGUGAACUCGUUCCGAGUCGCCGCCGUGGCUGAACGAUUGGCCACCCACGUGCAACCCGAUUUCGUAUCCGACGACGUUGAGUUCUUCAAUCUCUGCCUAUCCCUCGCCAGAGGUAUAGAUUAUGCAGUUGCAAACAAUGAGGUCCCGCCCAAAGCUCAAGAUUUACCUCUAUUGUUGAAGCAGGUAUGCCAACGUAAAAAUAGUCUCCUUUUACAGGCACCUAUCAUGGUUCUUAUGAUCUCUGUAAAGAAUGCUUGUAAGAUUGGGUGGUUUUCAAAAAAGGAGACUGAAGAACUUUUUGCUCUUGCUAAUGAGUUGGGUAGCAGCUUCUGCAGUCCAGGAGAUAUUAACACAGGAGAUAGUGGUUCUCUCUCUUCUGUUAGCAAAAUUAUGGAGAGGUUCUACCCACGAAUGAAGAUGGGCCAGACACUGGCUUCUCUUGAAGUCCAGGCUGGAUAUGGGGCAUAUGUGAUUGAUUUCCAUAUUUCAAAGAAUACAGCACAUUCUCCUCAAGAAAAAAUUUGGUUAUUUGUAGCACAAACAGAUAGCAUAGAGACAUCUGCAUGUAUUAUAAGUCCCCCCCAAGUGAACUUUCUUCUGAAUGGGAAGGGAGUAGAGAGGAGGACUAAUGUUCAUGUGGAUGCUGGACCACAGCUACCAACAAAUGUGACUCAUAUGCUUAAAUAUGGGACAAAUCUUCUACAAGCCGUGGGCCAGUUCAAUGGUCGUUAUGUUAUAUUUGUUGCCUUCAUGAGUGUGAUGUCAUCACUUGACACUCCAGUGCUACUUGAUUACGUGCAGCCUGCUGUAGCUACAGUUGAUUCUGAUUCUGACAUAAUUGAGGGGCCAUCGCGAAUAUCACUGAAUUGUCCAAUAAGUUAUUCACGUAUUGGGACUCCUGUCAAAGGACAUUCAUGCAAGCACCUUCAGUGUUUCGACUUUGGUAACUUUGUUGAUAUAAAUUCAAGAAGACCAUCCUGGCGCUGCCCACAUUGUAAUCAGUAUGUCUGCUACUUGGAUAUUCGUCUUGAUCAGAAUAUGGUUAAGGUCUUGAGAGAGGUGGGAGAGAAUGUCAGUGAGGUGAUUAUCUCCGCAGAUGGAUCAUGGAAGGCUGUACUGGAAAGUGAUGAUCAUGUACAUCCGUCACGAGAAAAGACCCUAAAGUGCCAGAAUGAAAAGACUGAGCAACAAGAAUCUAACAGUGUCUCAAAUUCCCUUCCAAAUGUUUUGGAUCUUACUGAGGAUAAUGAUGAGAUGGAAGUAGUUAGCGCUGGGGAAACUGAAGACAGGAAACCCAUACUGGCUAGUCUUCCAGUUGCUUCAAAUUUAACUUUGCUGCCAGAUUCAAACACUACAAGUGGGGUUAAUCAAAAUUCUUCUUCUCAAUUAGAGGAAUAUUGGUCUGGUGUUUUGAAUUCUGUGUCGACCUCCAGUGCUUGGUCUCAAAGAGUUGGUGGUAUCUCUGAGCCUAUCCCUGCCAAUCUUAUGCAGUCUCCUUUGUUGACUGAUGCUGUAUCUCCUGCACUUAAUCUAGAACUUGAGGGUCAUGGGAAUACUAAUUUCACCACCUCUCUAAUACAAAGUCAAAGUUCUCCCAAUAAUUUUCAGUUGCAACAGUCACAACAUGCACAUUCCUUCAACGAGUAUGGGAGGUUUCCUAACUUGCCUUUUAUACCCAGACAUGUGAGCAGGACUCCAAUAGCAGUUCAGGCCCUGCCAGCUCAGUCUCAGACACCAAAUCCACAAGAAAGACCAAGAAGUGGUUUGACUCCAAAUGGUUCCUUGAUUUCUCCUCAGGUUGCCCUUCCUAUGGCACCCACAGCAGAUGCUUUCAAUACAAUAUGUAGUGAUAUGGAAAGGCAACAGCACUUUAGAGCACAUAUGAAUCCACUUCAGGUGUCAGAUAUUCCUUCAUCUUUAUUGCAGCGUCCCUCAGUGAUACAGAGCCGGGAUCAUCAAGAUCGUUCACAUGCUUCCAGUCGUUCACAUGUUUCCAGUCCAUCAGUCCCACCCGGUCUUGGCCAUACAGCUCAGAGUCGAUUGCAAAGUCAUUACAAAACAACUUCUGGGCUUUUAACUGAAUUUCAAAAUUCACACCUGCAGCAAGCUUUUAACCCAAGGAUGCCCCAGUCUGUGGGUCAAUCUUCAAGCCCUAUUCCACCAUCUUCGCACCCCUCGCGGACCCAAGUUCAGCAAGGUGGUGGACAAGUUGGAAUCAGUCACAGAGCAGGAACUACUGGUAGCCAACCAGCUAGAUAUUUGGCUAAUCAGAACCGAUAUCAUCCCCAGAACAGUAGACAGGCACCAUCUGUUCCACUUCUAAAUCAAACGUCCAGAACAGGGCAGUCCCUUCCAGUGAGUGCUGAUGGCUUAAGGGCAUCCACAGGGGAGCAAAGAGGGAACAUGGGAGGGACGUCACAAGCAGUUCCAAGGGCUGAUGGUUUGCUGGAUUCAACAUCAGAGCAGAAUUGGCGGCCUUCUGGUCGAAUGCGUGGAAGCUUGUCAGGUCGGGCUUAUUCUGAUGCUCUUAGUCAAUUCAUGAUUCAGCCAACCCAGACAGCUCAAACUGCGAGACCACCACCAAAUUCGACUCCUCCAGCAUCUAAUGUUUUACCACAACUGCAGGCAUUGAUCGCAAAAACAGAAAUGCCCGCAGUCCUCAAACGUCUAAUAUCCAAUGACACAGCCCAAGUAUUCGGCCUGAGCAUUUUAUAGACAUGCAUUUAUGUUAGCUUAAUGGGAGGUGUACAUAAUAUAAUAUGCCAUGACCAAUUUUGUAUUCCAUGGUUACCUUGUAAAGUUAAUUGGUGAGUCGAAUGCUGGUUAUGGUCGGUCUGUAUAGAGAUGAAUAUUCAGGGUUUUUAGUUGGUAAAUGAGGGUUGGAUUUAGGGACUGACUGUAGCUUCUGAAUAUAUCUUUGGUUGAGAGAAGGAAGAGAGUUGGGAGGCGGGGGAAGGUAUCUAUUUACGUUGUCUUGAUAUUUUACAAUGAUAUAUUGCUGUUUAACUUUACAUUUCAAUACAUUGCGUCAGUGUUUUCUUUC